AACAUGGACUUCGCACGCCUCUGGCUGGGGCUGCUGUUGCCUUUGGUAGCUGCGCUGGAUUUCAGCUACCACCAUCAGGAAGAAAUGGAAGCGUUUUUGAAGAAUGUUGCCCAUAACUACAGUUCUAUCACUCACCUGCACAGUAUUGGGAAAUCUGUGAAAGGCAGAAACCUCUGGGUUCUUGUUGUGGGGCGGUCUCCAAAGGAACACAGAAUUGGGAUUCCGGAGUUCAAAUACGUGGCAAAUAUGCAUGGAGAUGAGACUGUAGGCCGAGAACUGCUGCUUCAUUUAAUUGAUUACCUCGUAACUAGUGAUGGAAAGGACCCUGAAAUCACAAAACUAAUCAGUAGUACCCGGAUACACAUCAUGCCUUCAAUGAACCCAGAUGGAUUUGAAGCUGUCAGAAAGCCUGACUGUUAUUACAGUAAUGGAAGGGAAAAUAGUAACGACUAUGACUUGAAUAGAAACUUCCCCGAUGCUUUUGAAUUUAAUAAUGUAUCAACUCAGCCUGAAACCAGGGCAGUCAUGGAGUGGCUGAAAACAGAGACGUUCGUCCUCUCUGCAAACCUCCACGGUGGUGCCCUGGUGGCCAGUUACCCGUUUGACAACGGUGUUCCAGCAACUGGGACAUUACACUUCCGGAGUUUAACCCCUGAUGAUGAUGUUUUUCAAUAUCUGGCACAUACUUAUGCUUCAAGAAACCCUGUCAUGAAGAAAGGAGAUGAGUGUAAAAAUAAAAUGAACUCUCCAAAUGGAAUUAUAAAUGGGUACUCUUGGUAUCCACUUAAGGGUGGAAUGCAAGAUUACAACUACAUCUGGGCUCAAUGUUUCGAAAUCACAUUGGAGUUGUCAUGCUGUAAAUACCCUCGUGCAGAGAAGCUUACAUCUUUCUGGAAUGAUAACAGAGCCUCAUUAAUUGAAUAUAUGAAACAGGUGCACCUAGGUGUUAAGGGUCAAGUUUUUGAUCAGGAUAAAAAUCCAUUACCCAAUGUGAUUGUAGAAGUCGAAGGUAAAAAUCAUAUCUGCCCCUAUAGAACCAACAAAUUUGGAGAGUAUUAUCUUCUCCUGUUGCCUGGGUCCUAUAAAAUAAAUGUUACAGUCCCUGGACAUAAUCCAUACCUAACAAAGGUGAUUAUUCCAGAAAAACCACAGAACUUCAGUGCUCUUAAAAAGGAUAUUUUACUUCCACUGAGAGGGCAGCUGGAUUCUAUUCCAGCAUCAAAUCCUUCAUGUCCUACUAUCCCUCUAUAUAAUUUGCCAAGUCACUCGGCUGUAACGAGGUCUAGCCUGUUAGUAUUUGUGGUAAAUCUUUUUCACAUAUUUUUCAAAUAAAGCAAAAUGUGAAACUCAGAUCUCAUCACCACCUGGAAUCAGGGAUCACUCACGUCAGGCUACAGCAAUGCUAACUUCCUCCGUGGGACCUUGACUGGAUAAAGCCCACCAUCCUUCAGUAAAGAACUGGUUGUUUCCAAAUCCUGCAACAACCAAUGUGUGUGAACAAAAGGAAUGAAUGGAAGACAUCUACCUAUCAAGUACUGCCCACUUACAUUCAAUCUUGAAAUAAUCGUAGAAAUUUAUAAGAAAGUAAACUUGAGAAACAAACUGUUCCUACAAGAAAAAAGGAUUUACAUUUGUAUACUAAGAGCCAGAAGAAAAUAAGUAUUGAAGAUGAACAUUUACUGAUCACCUUGCAUGAGGGCUAUCUGUGAACACAAAGUGCCAUGCAUUAGUUCUCAGUGCAGGGAAAAAAUGAGAACACUGGGGAGUUUUACAAAUCUAAGGAAAUAUGAGGAAAACAGGCAACCAUAUCUCAGUGGCCCAAGAAAAUAAGAGCCUCAGAGGAUGCCAAGGUUGCUUCUAUAGAGCUGCAGGUCAGUUGAGUCCUUGCCUUUCUGCAAGUCCGGUUACGCUGAUGGCCCCCAUAUAUAUGUGUAACUAUAUCCUCUCACCUGAGCUUCAGACUUGUGCCCAGCUGUCCACUGGGCAAAUGCACCUGAUGUGGCCCAGAUACCUCAAACUCAUGCUGAAAAUCAAACAUACUUUUCUCCAAGUUGCUCUUUCUCUGGUAUCGUCUCAAUGACUUGUACCAUCAGCUAGAAACCUGAAAGUCAUCCUUCCUACUUCCUCCUCCUCCCACACACCCAGUCAGAAAAGGGUGGUAUGAAUUAUAAAUUGGUUCUACCCUCUUUCCAAGACUGUGGACUGCCUUCUUUCAGCCACCAUAGCUCACCUGCACAACAAUCUUACUGGUCUCCUGCUCCCAUCCUCUUCAGAUCUCUUCUACUGGUGAAGGGAGGAAAGUCUGCUGAAAACAUCAAGCAUCAAGCACUUGUAGUUUGAACUCACAUAACAUGCUGUUUGUGAGAAUGGGAUGCCAUUCUGACCCACUUUAUUGCCUUUCUACUCUUUUAAUAGUUCAGGCGUCAACUCUUAGGAGGCCUUUACUGACCAUCCAUUUCACCCUCUCACAAACUGGGGUUAAAGAGCCUUUCGUCUGCUCCCAAUUUUUUUUUUGAUUUUACAAAAAAUGUACUUCCAUUUGUGCCUUUUUUUUUUUUUUUUUCCCCAGGUAGGAUUGAGUUCUUAAAAGCCAGGUUGAUUUGUUGAAAAUUUUCACUUCUGUAUCCUCAAAGCCUCACACAUAGUAGGGAAUGAAUGAAUAUUAUUCUUGCAGCCUUCCACUCACAAUCUAUCCCAGAAACCAUAUAAGGCUUUGAGUCAUCUUAUGAAAGUAGUAUUCUGCUUUGGCAAUCUCAAGCUCAUUAGUAAAACCGUCAAGAAUGUUUUCACAUAUCAAGAAAUAAAUAAAAAGUGAUUUUACUAGAUUUUGCAUUUACCCUAAGGUUCAUAGUAACGGUAUGUGUCACCUGUUAACAUGUUAUAAGCUACCUUUUAAAAUCACAAGAGAAAAUAUUUACAACUUGUACUCACUUUGAAGCAAUUGUUCUCCAUUAUGAGAACCUAUCUUUAAACUAUCUAAAAACAUUUUAUGUAAGAAUAGAUGGAGGGAGCAUCAAACAGGAUAAAGGCAACUCUAGCAAACAGAUUUCUAUGUGUUGUAUAUUGCAUAUGGAAAAUGAAUUCUACAUAUGGAAAAUGAAUUCUUUGUUAUUCUAUCAAGUUUUAUAGGAUCUGGAAAUGUAACUAUGCUGGACUUGCUACAUAGCGAAUGCUUGAGAACCACAGAGGAAUGAAAAACACUUGGGCAUUUAGGUGCUAUCCCUGUACUAAGCUUAUUCUACCCAACAAAAUCACACAUUAAUAGAAACAGAAUUUGCGGUCUCUCAAACUCUACU